CUGUAGGCUUUUCCCGAGGGAGAGCACUGGAUGGAUGCCAAAAGGGGGCGUUUGUCUCAUGCAGCCGGAGGGGCGGGACCAGAGGUGGGUGUGUGUCUCUCAGCUGAUGCGCGUAUCAACCGACCGACUCCAUCAUCAGCAUCCGACGCUGACAGCGGUCGAAGACAGCAUCCCUAAUAUAACCGACCCACGGUAACAUCGCAGGAUAAUUCAGAGCCCGGCCGACCAGGACUGACGUUGCUGUCUUGUGACAAUAUUGUUUAUUGAGGCUGCCAUCUUACAAACCCGCGGAGCUGCAAAAUAGUGAGUAGCCUUUGAUGAUGGACCGCCAGGAUGCUACAAUCGUGUGUGUGCCCCCACUACCUGCAUUAGGUUGUGAUGACCCACACUACUUCCAAAUGUAUCUGUGACCCUCCCCAAACCUGACUCCUAACCUCUAAUCCCUGACCUUUGACCCCCACUAUGGGCAGUGUUGGCAGUGGGGUGGCAGGAGAGCAGGAGUUUGCCAUGAAGUCUGUGGGCACGAGGACCACCCUGCCACGAGCACCUCCUCUCUCUCGCCGUUGCCCUGCCGACCGCAGCUGCAGCGCAGAGCGUCUGCCCCGCCCUCCGGCGACUAUAUCAGACGGGACGGCUUCUAGCGAUGAACGUGGGAGUGUUAGUAUUGGGACUGGGACCUGUACUGGGACUGACCGGCCCACCGAAACAGCCUCCUCCACCAACACUGAAUGUACCAUGACGGCCCCGUCCAACAACAACCAGUUGGAGUGUGGCAAUGGAGCAGGCAGGCGGGAGAGGGAGUGGGAGAGGGAGAGGGAGAGGCAGCGUGAGAGGGGUAGAGACAGGGACCGGGACCGAGACUGGGACAGAGAAAGGUUAGAGAGGGAGCGAGAGAGGGAGAGGAACCGGGAGAGGGAGCGGGAACGAGUGGAGAGGGAGAGGCUGGAGCGGGAGAGGGAGCGGGAGAGGGAGAGAGCCAGGGAGAGGGAAAGAGAGAGGAUCGAGAGGGAGAAGAUAGAAAGGGAGAGGGAGCGAGAGAGAGAAAGGGAGAGGGAGAGGGAACGAGAGAGGCUGGAGAACGAGAGGAUGGAGAGGGAGAGAGAGAGGGAGAUGCAGGCUGCAGGUUUGGAUGUUUGUGGGAACAUUGUGGGCCGAGGAGCAAACGAGAAGAACAGCGUUGGCAUGAGCCAACACCAGCACAGAGAGAUGGCAGCCGCCAGAGGUGACAGUGAGAACAAUCCAGGCAGCCAUAACCCUCCGAACCACAACCCGCCCAAGAUCCUGCCAGUGUCGGGAAAACUGGAGCAGGCGAUGCAGAACAACUCAGGCCUUGUUCGUCCCUCUGCCUUCAAGCCGGUGGUUCCCAAGAGCUUCCACUCCAUGCAGAACCUGGUGGGGCAGGCAGGAGGGGCUGGGAGCGAGGGCAAGACUGAGGCAAGGAGUGAAGGGUUCAGUGAGAGCAGAGGAGGCAGGAGAGGCAGGGACGGAGCAGGAGGAGAAUCAGGAGAGGUCCCAGAGGCCCUGCUCCUGGACCAGGACAGCCCAGUGAGGGUCAGCAGAAGUGAGGGCGGGGGAAAUGGUAAUGAAGUGGUUCAGGGAGGGAUGUCUGACUCAGGGAGGAACUCCCUGACCAGCCUGCCCACCUAUACAGGCUCAGGGUCCGGUUGCGGGCCCCCAGCAGUCCUGGGGCCUCUCAGUGCUUCCACCAGCCACAUCAACAGAUUGGGCAUGGUUGGGGCAACUGCAGGUCUGGACAAGCUGGAAAAGCCUGGUUACCAGAACGGUCUUAGUGCCUCAGACAGUGGCCGGUCCUCCUCAGGAAAGAGCUCCUCGUCCUAUCAGAGGCUGAGCCACCUGAGUGAUGCCCCAGCACCUCUACGCCCUUCCCCCUCCUCCGAUGACAUCAUCCAGGACUUGGAGGACCGCUUAUGGGAGAAAGAGCAAGAGGUGCAGCAUAUGCGCAGAAACCUGGACCAAAGUGAGGCAGCGAUCAUUCAGGUGUUUGAGGAGAAACAACGUGUCUGGGAGCGACAGAUGGACGAGCUGAGACAAAACUAUGCCUCGCGCCUGCAGCAGGUUACCCGUCGUGCUCAGCGCUCCCAGACUGCCCUGCAGGCCCAGAUAAGCCGUCUGUCCCAGGACAAGAGGAGGCUCCAGGAGGAGAUGGCGGCUCUGUUGGCCCAGAGAGAGGAGCUGGAGAGAAAGUGUCUGGAUUACAGGAAGGAGCAGGCUGACAUCUUGCCUCGUCUGGAGGAGACCAAGUGGGAGGUGUGCCAGAAGGCAGGAGAGAUCUCCCUGCUGAAGCAGCAGCUGAGGGAGAGUCAGGCUGAAGUGACCCAGCGAGCUGGAGAGAUGGUGGCCCUGAGAGGCCAGCUGAAGGAGCUCAAUGCCCAGCUGAGGGAGCGGGAGGAGGCCAUGCUGGGCCUGAAGGACUCCUACAGCACCAAGAGUCUGGAGCUGGAGAAGUGUGAGGGAGAGCUGAGGAGGACUCUGUCAGAGGUGUCCAUCCUCAGAGAGAAGCUGGGUGUUUUUGAGGCAGAGGUGCUCAGUUUAAAGCGGGCUCUGAGUGAAGUGAGCAGAGGAGCAGAAGUUGUUGUGAGCCCGAACUUAGCUGCUGCAGGACUGUUGCCACCGUGGGGAAUUGUCCACUGCCCACGUAACCCCAGUGAGCCCUCAACCAACUCUCUCACCCCCACAUCUGACACCCUGCUGAGUCUUCAGAGUGAUGAAGCUAAAGCCCAAAGGCAGGAGGCUCAGAGACAGGAGAGGCAGCAACGUGAAGAAGCUCAGUGGCGUGACGUGCAGCAGCGGCAAGAUGCCCACAUGCAGCAGGACAUGCGAAUGCGUCAGGAUUCCCAAAUCCGACCAGAGGCCCAACUCCGCCAGGAUGCCCAGCUUCGUCAGGACGCUCACCUCCGCCAUGAAGCCCAACUUCGCCAAGAAGCACAGCUGCGCCAAGAGGUGCAGCUCCGUCAGGAGGCCCAGCUCUGCCAUGAGGCCCAAAUGCGACAAGAAGCCCAGCUACGUCACGAGGCCCAACUCUGCCAGGAGGUGCAACUGCGUCAGGAUGGCCACCAGCAACAGCGAGGCCAGGAGGGUCACUGGGAUGAGGCAGGGGAGCUGCGCAGGCAACUGGAGCAGCUGCAGGCUGCAUUGCGUCUGGAGCGGCAGCAAAGGGAACGUCAGGCCCUCAACUUCGACCAGGAGCGACACACCUGGCAGGACGAGAAGGAGCGGGUUUUGAAAUACCAGGCACAGCUGCAGCUCAGCUAUGUGGAAACGCUGCAGAAGAACCAAGCUUUAGAAAAACGUAUGAGCCAGCUGGGAGCCAAACCGACCACGACGUCCACAACCACCACUAUUACUACAACCACCACCACCUCCCCCACCUCCUCCAAUUCUCCACCUCCACCACCAGCCCUCUCACCUUUGUCUCCUCAGCCCCCACCCUCUCUCCCUGGCCCCAUCGCUCUGACCAUCUCCCCACCUUGUGAAGACCAGAAGGGCCCUCCUUCUCUUCACCAGCUGGCCAAUCCCUGGGCAGGACCCUCACGCCUGGAGAGGAUAGAGUCCACUGAGAUAUAGAGACAGCUCCAUGACAAACUGUCCAGUUCAAAACGCUCACAGUGACAAGGCCUCUCACACAAAACUACUUCAGCAUACAGUUGAAAAACAUUUCAGUCUACAAUAGAAUAAAUCAGUUCAGUCUGACAUACUUUUCAAAGCAACUAUUGACACUAAACAGCAACAAAGGCCGACUCUGACAUUAUCAGUAAAAAGCAGAUCAUCUGAACAGGAAGUUGAACCUCAUUCAAUCUAUCAAUGAUUUUACAACCUCCUAAACAGCCUUUCUCUCACUAGUUGCACACUACUACAUCCUACCUGAUCAGUGUUCGUGAGAAGUGUGCCACACUGAUGAAUGGCAGAAUAGCAAAAUGUUAAAUGACAAUGUUUAGAUGACAGCACUAAUACAGGGGUCAUUUAAUGCCCAAUGCUAGAAAAGGACCAAGACAAUCAGGGAUAUUGUCAGAAAUUGUCAACAAGAAUAUUAUGCGGUAUUUAUUCAUUGUAAGUCUGUGUCACUGGUUAUGUAAAAGUAGAAAUAGUGGUCGGAGUGUGUGAUGUUAACUUGCAUUUUUGGCCAGAGAGCGCCUUACUCCAUUCUCUCCAGCAUGUGUACGAGAAUAACAAAUGCUGGGAAUAGAUUAAAAAAAAAAAAAAUCAAGAGUGUGUUAUCAUUUUCAGUGCUUUAAUUAUAAUAUCAGCAAACCAGUAUUACACAUGGCUGGACUAUUUCAUUUAAAGCCCAGCAGAUAUCGACGUCAAAUGUCACACAGGCUGAUCCUUGAUUCAGUUUUCAAGUCAUUUCAUGCACAGGGUCUGACAUGCAUGACCCAUCUGAACACAUCACUAAGACCAACAGAGUUUAUAUUUUCUACAAAUUGAAUUAAAUAGAUAUGUUUAGCAGAUAAUCAACCCCGAGUGAAUAGAGAAUAUGUUUUAAGACGUGGGAGAACCUGGUUCGCCUUUAUUGUGGAUCGACUGUAGUGACUAAAAACAAACACUAGAGGUCAUUAGAGAGCUGUCGCAGCUCUGCCGACUCAAAUUUCUUCUCACUGAGCUGCAAGGAGAAUGUGAAAGGAAGCACACAAUUUGAAUUUGGUUAUUAUGAUAAUUGUGUCGUUCACUUUGUGCAUUUACAGCCAAGAAAUCUGAGAAAUCAGUCAGUGUCCCCAAAGUUAAAAAAUAAAAUUUAUAGAAUGUAUGAUAUACUAGAAAGAAAACUUAUAAUAGUUAUAGAUUGUAAAUGUGAGUGUGUGUGUGAGGGAGAGUGUGUGAGAGAGGGUGUGUGCAUGUGUGUAUACAUAUGAAAAGCUUCAGCUUAUGAGAUUGAGGAUAGAGGGACUAGUGGCAAUAGAGCAAGUGAAGAUAUAUUAAGAGCAAAGGGAUUUGGGGGGGGCUUUAAGUACAGUAAGAUGUACAUCAAAGCUUGAUACAAGGGCAGUGAGGCUGAACAUUCAAACGGAGGGAGUCUGUAUAUCCUGGAAAACUCUACUUUCUUCUGUAUAGUUCAUUUAGGCAAAGCAGGGGAGAAGGAAGUUAAAAAAACUGAAAAAUGGAAAGUCUGCCUCUUCAACGGGAGCAUUCAGGCUAACUGCACUAUGUAGUGUCCUACACACAAGUUAUGAUGUACAGUAGACUCAGAUGUGAAUAUCAUGGCUUUUAUAUGUGUUGUUUAUGCCAGCAUACAAAGAUGUUGCUCAAGAAUAUUAACUUAUCUCUAAGGUAUUACAUAGUAUUAUCAUCUUUAUUACUGUUAUUAUAUUAUGGUGAACUGACAGAGAAAAUAUGUGCCAUUUGAGCUUUCCUUUAUGUGUUUUUUUUAACUGUGUAGAUAGCCUAUUGGCCUACCAUGAUGGUGCAAUCAUAGCAACCCUGUCCAAAAAUGAUGUUCCUUUUGAUGUAGGUGAUAAAUGUAGUUACAGUAUUGCAUUGUUUAGAGAACAAAAUGCUACCGAUUUUAUACAUGUUUCAAAUUUAUUGUUUGCAUUUAUGUUAUUAGUACUGUUCUGGCUUGAUUAAAACCACCCCUUUGUUAAAAUUCAGCAGAACCAAUAAAGAUAUGUGAAUA